CCUCUGGCAGACGCUAGAGGGCAGUAGAAUAAUUUACUUUUAUUUUUCUGUACUUGUGUUUUCCGGGAGUUAAAUUGAAACCAAACAGCGCAGGAGUCUGAGAGCUCAGCCGCCGAAACCACCGACGUUUGUGUUCCGACGGCGCUCCUGCAGCAGUGAGCUUCUUCAGGAUGGCAGCGGUUAAAAUGACGGAGGGCAGCCUGCUGCUGGAGUCCUGCAGCGCACCUCUGUUCUACAGGAAAAGCCAACCUUCCUCCGGAGACGCCAGGAUGUUCGUUCUGCUUCUUCACGGCAUCCGGUUCUCCUCGGAAAACUGGCUCAGCAUCGGCACCCUGGAGACUUUGGCCAAAGCAGGCUGCUGCGCCGUGGCUAUCGACCUGCCAGAACUGGGUCGAUCAAAGUCAGCCAAAGCCCCUGCAGCAGUGGGAGAGCUGGCUCCUGCAGGUUUUCUUAAGGAGGUGUGUGACAAGCUGAACCUGGUCCCAGUGGUGGUGAUCAGUCCAUCCCUCAGUGGGAUGUAUUCCCUCCCUUUUCUUCUGGAAUACCAGGCUCUGGUUCGAGCUUAUAUCCCCAUCGCUCCCAUUUGCACUGAGAAAUUCACGGUAGAGCAGUACCAAAGUGUGAAGGUUCCAACGCUGAUUGUUUAUGGGGAUCAGGACACUCAGCUUGGGGAGGUCUCGCGCCGUAAUCUGAUGAAUCUGGCCGACCACAAUGUGGUGGUGAUGAAGGGAGCAGGUCAUCCUUGUUACCUGGACGACCCAGACACUUGGCACAAAGCACUGACAGAUUAUCUUAACAGGCUCUAAAGCUUUUUACAUAUCUCCAUUAAUGUAUAAAAGAUGAUAGAAUCACGUUUAUUUUUUUUCCAGUAAAUAGCUGCGUUUACAUGGGCAAAAGCAAUCGGAAAGAAUGCCUGAUCGGAAGAAAAUGCGUCAUGUAAACACGCCGUUCGGAAUAGUCUGCUCCGAUCAGACUCGUACGGAUCAAAAUUUUUUUCUGAUCGAGAUAGGUGGGUUAUGCCGAUUGUUGAUCCGAUCGUGUUGCAUGUAAACAGUUCAUUCCGAUCGUGUGUCACUACUGCUCUGGUUUAACGUCAUGCAUAGACGGUUUUUGCUCCAGAGAAAGCUUUGGAGCUUAAACAGGACCGACCCGCUCCUCUGCGGAGGCCCGGUGAGAAGCGCUGCUGCCCUCGCCCCACUGGCUCUCCGCCUCUCCCCUCUCUUACACCCCUCACGAGGGGGGUGUCGGGGAGGAGCGCUUCGUGCCCCUUGACGUCUGGACCCUGCGCGGUCCUGGCUUGGGUGCCGGUGGACCGAGCGAACCGUGUCUCUGAGCAGAGCAGCUGGAUUAAUAACUUUGUGUUUGAGGGGAGGAGGAUGCUUUGUUACAUGUGUGUUUUGUUGUUUUGUUACGUGUGGGAGAAUUCGGACUGCGAUCCGUCCCGCCGCUCUGGGUUAGCGGCUGCAGGACUCAGGAGAACCAUGUGUCCGAGCAGAGCCUUAUGCUGAAAUAUGCUGUUAUUUUGUAUGUCAAUUGUUGUUUGUAAGCAUAAAGUGUAUUUUCACAUUUGAAGAACAAAAUAAAAUAAUUAAUAUA